AUGAAUACGCCACUCCAUGACCAAACAACUGCCAUUUGUCUCAUCAACGCUUCGUUUAUUGUCGGCCUUGUCUUUGAUAUCACCGCCGCGUGUCUUUCCUUUCUCACUUUUCGCUGGCUCGGGCGUCUCACAGACAAAGAAAAGGAAUAUCUGAACAGGAAGUUCGAAGAACGCGACGAUCCACCGGAGACAGAAGAUGCGGCCAGCGAUGGCCAGCCCUCUGCGACCCAGACGGCUCUGCCUACCGCGAGCCAAGUCCAGGGAACAGAAAAGACUAAAAUGGAUCCAUCUACGCAAGGCCAAACGCCAGCGAGGGCAGGACCCCCUAAUAACCAACCGUCGGGGACACGUGACACGGAAGCAAACUCGUGCGCUGGAGUCAGCAUCAGCCUCUUUGAGCGUGCACUUGUUUGGUGGUGCUCCCUCUCUCUCUUUAUCCCGCUGCUCUUGAUCAUAUCGGGGGUCGGGUCCAUGGCGCUUGGGAUUCAGAUUUACAUCUGGACCCUUCAGAAGCCUCUUGUCGCGAUUCUCGUCACACUUGCUUACCUAGCCGUCAUUCCAUUCAUCGUUGGUCUCUUUGUGAUUGGGCGGGAGCCGGUUCGACGGGAACGGAUCAUGGAUAAGCUCGCGAAGCGUCGCGGGGAUUGGUAG